AUGGCGCAGUCCAGCUCCAAAUGGACUCCCACUGAGCGGAUGAUACAUGGGCGUAUAAUCAACAAAUUUCUUCCUCUAAAAAGACAUCCACAUCUGGGCCUCGAAAACACCAACUUUUCAAACCUAUACCCCGGCGAUGAGGUCUAUGUUUUCGAAGAAAGCACCGAUGGCCGCUGGCUACGCGGUUACACAUGUUGGCAGCCACUACCUGAGGACUUUAUCAGCCGUUUGAGCUCGUAUUCAGAAAAACUGCCAGAGCAGAAGUUCAAAGUGGUGGUAUUUCCUAAGAAGUUUGUGCACCUGAAUUAUGAAGAGCAGGUCACGGACCUGCCUUUUCUGGCUGCGCCUGAAAAGAGCCAGUUUGAAGGCCCACAGGUCAAUAAAGAGAUCCCAACAAUGUAUGAGCAAACUCAAGAAUGGUCUGAGACAGACGCUCUGGAGUUUGGCAGUAAGAACAUGGAAAAACCGAGCCGGCCACCCUUCCCUUACUUCCGUCUUCAGGAUUACAAUGUGGUUCAAGAGUUGACACCUAUGCUGUCUCAGCUCGUAUCGCACAUCUACUCGAUGUAUUCUUUUGGAGAGUUCGACGUGGCAGACAGCAUGUCCGAACUUUACUACAGACUCGACGACAUUCGUCUUAGGUUGCAAUUUAAGCUCACCACAAAGACCGAGCAUUUGCAACUUAUGAAGGAGCUCAGCGCCAUGUCUUACAAGAUUGCAAAGUUCAUUUCAUCGAAGAACUUAGUCAAUUCAGCUGCUGCAGAGAACAGUAGCGUCGUUGACACCUCAGGAUACGGUGCUGUGUUGACUCGUAAUAUUGAUAGCGGGAAACUUUACAAAAGAGGUGAAGUAUCUCCUCAAACACUAGCUUUUAGUACAAUGCUAUGCGCUUUAAGCAACAAUUUCCCAGCUGUUAAUACAUAUCAAAUGAAGCUCAAAGCACUUGAGAAUAAAAACUUCGAUUCUGUGGAUACGACUAGUAUUCUGGUUGACUUCAAAGACGCGGCCAGCGACCCCACUGUUAAUCCCAACUUUCAAAACCUGUCUGCCGUUAUGUUUUUGCGAGCGGGGAAGAAGACUCUUUCUGAACCUUUCAUUCUCAACAUGGAAAGGGAUGAUGUCGUUUCCAUGGACAAUAUCUCAGCUGCUCUCUUCAAUAAUAUCCCACCUAGUGAGAUCGACAACAACAAAAUUUAUCUUGUUGUGGUUUUGACUGAAACCAUAAAGGUCCAGCUAACGUCGCCUGAGUCGGGAAAAGGUUUCAGGAAGCCUUUCAUUCCGUUUUUGACAGGUCCAGAAAAUAAACUAUCACAUAUUAAAAAAGGGUUAGCUGCCGGUGUUAUUGAUAUAUCAAGGCUUUUCACUCGGAAGAAAAAGAACAAAAUGCCUGGAAAGUCGUUUAACUUCAACGUUGAACUAUUUGGAUCUUACUUCCCAACGAAACACAAAGAAAACAACAAUCCGCAGUCUAUGGUUAACGUUGGAAAUAACCCGAAUGCAGCCGCCUUGAUGAGAGCAUCAAAAGUUGAUGAAAACCAUGGAUGGGGUGAAUUGGUUGACAGAAUUAUCUCAGAUGCUACUAAAGGUGUGGCAGUAAAUCCUAGAAUCUUGUCCUUAUCCGUAACGGUUCGAGAGAUCACCGGUGAUCACGGCUUUUCAAGUGUUCUCAAAAACAAUAUGUCUGCUAUUCAGAGUGUGCCCAUUUGCUCUUACGAUACUUUGUCUAACCCUGAUGAUAGAAUAUACCUUUCCUUAGGAAAGACUUCGCUAUGCGGCUUUAAGACCCCAGACACAAAUAUAACAAGCAUAGCCAUUCAGAUUUCCUCCAGUAAUCCAAAAGUGUUUUUCAGAGUCGGCAAAAAUGAUUCGGCGAGGAAAACUUGGACUUUUGUUUCUGUCAAACCUGACGAAGCCAUCGGAGAGACUAUCAGAAUUGAUGGAUUGUCUGAGAUGCAAAACGAUGAGACUCUCAGGAUUUCUGCAUACUUGAAUGGAUUUUUGAUGGCAAAGUCGAAAUUCUAUAUUAAGAGAAACGACAGGAUAAUUGAGUACUCUAAAAAGUCGGUCUUCCAGCUCAUGUCAACUACAAGCGAACCUUUAGUUGAUUUGGAGAUUACAACAGAGUAUGUGGGCAAAAAGUUCAACGCGGACUCUGCCAUUAGGAAUUUUUUGCAUUUCUCAUAUGACUUUAAGAAAUCAUACAAUGAAUUUGAAAAAGACUGUGUUCAACUUCUGUCGGAUGUCAAGGUUACUCCUGUCAAAGAGCUUAUAAAGACUUUUGACCCUCUGUUAACCAAAUUUUUGGACGUUUUCUACGUAGCAAAUGUCCUCGAGAAGCAAAGAUCAUCUGAUGAAUUCAAAAAAGCGUCAUUUACCUCUCUAGCUUUCUUCCUUGAUAUGGUUAUCGCGCGCCAAGACAACUACAGACACUUGUUUAACGACUUUCUGGCUCAUUUCUCCAAAAGAAAAUCAGAGCUUCCAGAAAUAGGAUCCAGCUUGAUAUCAUUCGCAGCCAAGUUUUUUGCAAAUUCACAUGAAGUGUGGGACUACGAUGGUAGAGCGCUAUGUCGCGUAUCCGUGUACGUUUUGAAAUUGGCUAUGCUUCUUUCUAGUCCUCACGAGGCGGGUCUGCAAAAAGCACUAGAUGAUCUUUUCGACGGUGUUUCAGCAUUUUUCCGCCUGAGAAAGGACUCAUCAUUAGUGGAUCAAGUUCUAAUUCUGGAUGCUUUUGACGCUUGGAUACAGGUUCUUUCAAGUCAUUGUGAACCUCAAGCUCUUGUCGAUGCUUCAAUGAGCUUAUUACAAGCUUGUCACGAUAAGGAACGCGCCAACAAUAUUUACCGCCGCGCCCUCUCUGUAAGAGAACAAAAGUUUGUCGCAUCCAAGUAUCUAGUCAUGCGCCGCUUAAUCGAUGUUGCGCCCAUUCGGGAAACUUUACUUGGUUCAAAUGCCGAAAAGCCUAAGCAGCUAGAAUUUGUUGCAAAGAUGAUAGAGUGGGCUUUUGAGCCAUACUUGAAUUACAAUGGAGAACACCUCCAUUUAACAACGAUAAGAUUGGCCAAUGGCGUUUUAUUAAGCAUUGCACAAAAUGCUUCGGAAGCUGUCAAAAGGAACCUCGUAAGGCUGCUUCCAACUCUCUGCAGAUUCUUCAUUUUGGCAAGGAAGUAUUGCAAAGAAAAGGAUCACUUCAAAUAUAAGAGAACAUUCACCAAACUCUUCCCAAUCAGCUAUCCAUUCGAUGAAAUAACUGUGGACUCUAUUGUGCAAGAAGAAAUGAUGGUCGAAGUUCUGGUUGAGCUCGCAACCAUCAUCGCAACUGUGACCGAAAUGGCGGAGGACACUUUCCCCAAAUCCUUGUCAUUUAUUUCAAUCAUAGAAAUGUGUUCAGAAGAUGCGGCCUUCAAUUCAGUGUUCUAUAUUACUCAGUUUGCGAGGGAAGAUUUGUUAACAAUAGUUCAUACGAUAAAACUAUUAAUGAAGGGCAAGUUCUUCCCACAGAAAAAGUGGCUCAGCUUAAGCGAACUGUUUGCGAAGAGCUCGAUAUGUUUGUUAAAACUCUGCAAAGAUAUUUUGAUAAGGUACAAAAUUCCGAAAAUCGGCUCCGAAGAACAACUUGAUAUCAAGCUAUGGUGCGAAUGGGUCAAAGCCUUGCUUUCGCUGGGCAACCACAUUCCUUCAAACCCUACUUUGCUAGCGGAACUUCCAAGAAAAGCGUUGUUUCUCAUUGGUGGGGAUUACAGAGCUGAUGUUGCAAGAGUUAUGGAAGAAUGCUGGGAUGCUCUUGGGCAGAAUCCUGAUGGCACUAAAAUUUGGGAAAAGUAUGGCAUUGCUCGGUCUGGCGGCUAUCAAAACUACUUGAUUCGCGCUGACAAGACUUUCGUGAGAGAUAUCAUGGAAUUCACUUUCCAAAGACAUACUGAGUCCCGCAGAGUGGGAGCUAAAAUGAUAUGGGGCUCAACUGCAAACUGUUGGAAUGCAUUCGGUACGCUCGAGCCUGUAAUGAUGCAAACUACAUCAGAGCUAUGUUUUGCUCAUCAGUCUGGUAAGUUUGUUCCAACACAACAGGAGUCUGAAAACUAUGUCAAAGCUCUCUUGUAUACCGUGCGCGUUCGGAAAGAUGAUGAGCUCUUCGGUCCAGUUGUCCGCAUAUUAAAAAUGUCACGGGAAUUACUUGCAGUUCUCACGGAAUCUAGUGAAAUUCCUGACGAUAAAGAGUUUGAUGAUGAUAGGACAGCUCACCAAAUUACUAUUUUCGGAUACUUGCUGGCGGUUAACAAACCAGAAGAAUUCCACAAGCUCGUCAAUGACCUUUUCAUUUACAACAUCAAAAAGAAGGAUAACGUUCAAGCUGCCUUAUGUUUGGAGUUACUGGCGAGAACUUACAAAUGGGACCCUAACGAUUUACUUUCGGCGACAGUAUCCCCUAUACUACCGGAACAGUCCUCGUUUCAAAGAAGAGAGUACUUGUACAAAGAAGCUGCUAGGCAUUUCCAUAAGGGCCUGAAAUUGGAAAAAGCCCUAUCCAUUUACAAAGAGCUUGCACAAGCUUACGAAAAAAUCAACUAUGACCUUGGCGGUUUGUCGCUUGUGCAUGGUAACAUUUCUAAAUUAUACGGUGAUCUGCAAACCGUAGAUAGAUUGGUUCCAACAUACUUCAAAGUAUCAUUUGCUGGUUUUGGUUUCCCAAGUUCCACAAGAAACAAAGCUUUUGUUUAUGAGGGGCUGCCGUUCGAACACAUCACUUCCAUGCAAACACGGCUUCUUGUUUCGCACCCUGGGUCUAAAAUUGUCGGAAGCCAGGAUGAAAUUAAUAAUCUGUUAGUCAAUCCUCCUAUUGGGAAAUUCAUUCAUGUUAUUGCCGUCGAGCCUCGUGUCGAAAUUUCUGAUGCUUUCACAAACAAAUCGAAGAAAGAAAACGCGAACAACAAAAUUAGACUGUACAUUGAAAACAGAGAUCUGGACACUUUCUGUACCUACAGAAUGUUACCUGGCGCAACUUCCGCAACUGACUUGUGGGUGAAGGAACUAACCUAUAAAACUGAUUCGACGUUCCCCACAUUGAUGAACAGAUCUGAAAUCAAAAACGAAAGCUCUAAAACGCUUUCUCCUGUCGAGAAUGCUAUUAGAUCUAUGCAGCUGAAGAUUCAGGAUUUAACGGGUCUUGAAGAUACAUCGCAUAAGCUAAUCAAAGAAAACGGUGAUUAUUCUGCAAUUUUCCCCGAGCUGUCAAGAAACAUUAGUGGAACAAUCGACUCCCCAGUCAAUGGUGGAGUUUCUCAGUACCGUGAAUUCUUUAUACAAAAAGACAUUGAAGCAUGCGACGAAAGCCAACUCAACUUGCUGCGGUCAACAUUUGAUGAGCUCGCCAACAUUCUGAACAGAUGUCUAACUUUACAUGGACAACUGUGCCACGGGCAUAUGAAGAAGUCUCACGAAAUGUUGCUGAACUUGUUCCAGAAAAACUUUUGUGACGAAAUAGAGAGGAAUAGCAUAGUAAUUGGCGAAGGAGAAUUCGACCUUAUUAGCAGAAGCACAACAAAUACUGCUACUGAGAAUAAUACUCAAAUUUCUACGGAGUCACACCAAGAUGGGGUUAGUCUCCAAAAGCCAGUUAUGUCUAGCGCCCAAUCUAUAACCUCAAAUGGAAGCGGCCAUAGCAAGGCAAGCGCUGAAACAAUUGCGAAAACUUUCAGCUCACAGCCUUAUACAAGUACCACUGCAGCAUCAAGAAGCUCUGUUCCGUCAUCCAAGCUGAGUAUGUUCAGGACCGGGAUGAACAAAAAAUUCUUAAAGAGCUCAAAAGCAAAGACUCAAAAAUAA